UUGAGAUCUCCUCGACACAGCAAGAUUUGGUCUCAUUUUCAAUCCUCAAAAGCUUGAGAGAGAGAGAGAGAGAGAGAGAGGACCAGACAACGCAUUUCCUCUCUCCUUUCUGCCUCAAAACAAAAGCAAUGCAAAUUCCAUGGUGAUUGUAGAGAGAGAGAGAGUGCAGAACAGGAGCCAUUUCGUUUUUGCCUCUCUGGGUCAAGUGAAAAAGCAAAAAAGCUGGAGACUUGCAUCUUUUAUUAGCUCCAUAACCAGCUGAAUUUCAUCCUCCGAAGCGAGCUGGUGAUGGAAAGAGACGACGUCGUCUCGUGGCGGAGGAGGACCUGCGACGUCGACGCCUUCGAUCCGCUUCAGCCCCCUGAUUCCGGAGAGGCUCACGUCCUGGCCGUCGAUGACAGCUUCGUCGAUCGGAAAGUCAUCGAGCAAUUGCUCAGAAUCUCUUCCUUCAAAGUGACCACUGUGGAAAGUGGAAGCAGAGCUCUGCAGUUUCUGGGUCUGGACGAUGACAAAAGCUCCGGUCGUUUCAAUGGGUUGAACUUGAAGGUGGAUUUGAUCAUCACGGACUAUUGCAUGCCUGGAAUUAGUGGAUAUGAUUUGCUCAAAAGAAUCAAGGAAUCGUCUGCUUUGAGAGAGAUACCCGUUGUGAUCAUGUCAUCCGAAAAGGUCUUGGCACGUAUGGACAGGUGUUUGGAGGAAGGAGCAGAGGAGUUCAUCGUGAAGCCUGUGAAGCUAUCGGACGUGAAGCGACUGAAAGCGUACAUGAGGAGAGAUUUUGGAGAGAGAAACGAAACCGAAACCGAAAACACAGCGAAGGUGAAUCCCAAGAGAAAGCUGCGAGAGGAGGACCACGACGACGAUUACGAUGAUUCGGAUCUCUCGGCGUCGUCGCCAUCGCCAUCGCCGCCAGCUUGUUCUGUCUCGUCGUCGCCACCGUCGACUUCUUCGUCUUCCCCGUCGUCGCCCUCCAAGGCUGCUGCCGCUUCCGCUUCGGCUCCAUCCUCGGCAACGUCCACGGACAAAAGACGGCUGAGGAUGAACGGCUUGGGUUUUAGGCCUUUAAAGCUCCUUGAAGAAAGUACGGGAGAGCAGAACUCAAAUUUUGACUCCGGCAAACAGACUCUCAUGGCUUCGGUGAAGAACCGAAGCUUCUUCCUUCUCAUGUCGGUUCUCUUCCUUGGGAUUGUUCCCGACACUCGCCUCGUCAACGCCCAGCAAAACAUCGAGGUCUUCUAUCCGAGCUCACCACCCACCCCUGCCCCCACCCCUCCGACCAACCCCCCGGCCUCCCCGUCGACGCCGCCGCCACCACCUCAGGUAGUACUGCAGCCCCCGCCGCAGCCGCCACCCCCUUCGCCUCCUACAUCAGACAAGCAGACCAUCGCCACGGCGGUGGCGGCCACCGCGGCGAGCACGCUGGUGAUAUCCGGGUUGUUCUUCUUCCUGCUCAAGAGGCACGCGGCCUCGCGGCGCAGGAAGGAGGAGAGCGGCUCCAACGGCGGUCUCCCGACCAUCUCACGCGACGGCUUUACGCGGUUCGAUGGUAAUGUCAGGGGACUGAUAGUGGAUGAGGAUGGACUGGAUGUUCUUUAUUGGAGGAAGCUUCAGGGGAGCAGCGGCAAGAACAACUUCGAAAAGGAGGCAUUGCGGAGCCCGAAAGGAGGAGGUGGAGAAACGGAUGAGGUAGGCGGGGCGCCUAGAAGAGAUCGCCGAGGAAACUCCGAGCCCAUCCAGGAAAUCCAUUUGCUCCGAGAGAAGUCCACGACUUCCUACGACCCACUUAAACCUGAAGCAAACGACGCGGUUCAGAAUGUCGUGCCCGCUUUUCCGUCUCCUCCGCCUGCCGGGCUCCUCCUAGAGGCUUUGGAGAUAUCCACCGCGUCAAUUCGCCCGCCAAAUGUUCCUGCUCCGCCGGUGGCGCCACCACCUAUUCCACCAUUAGCACCACCCAAAAGGUCAACGGAGGUACUCACCUCAUCAGCAAUCGGAACCAAUACAAAGGCCGCACCACCACCCCCUCCACCAAUCCCAGCCACGAAAGCACCACCGCCUCCUAAGGCAGGCGGUCUGGCUUCAUCACUAAAACCUCCACCGCCGUUGCCGAAAGCAAUGCCAGGCGCCAAUAAACCAGGGGACUCGUCAUCGGGGGGCGCUCAAACCGGAACAGAUCAGGUGAAGCUGAAGCCACUGCACUGGGAUAAGGUGAACAUUGCCAACACGGAACAUUCUAUGGUGUGGAACAAAAUCGAGGGUGGCUCUUUCCAGUUUGAUGAUGAUAUGAUGACAGCUCUAUUCGGAUCCGUUGCCACGAACCGCAAAUCUCCUCGAGGGAACACAAGUUCAGCGAUUCCUGGUGCCAUCAUUCCGGGCCCAUCAGGACAGAUCUUCAUACUUGAUCCUCGGAGGUCACAGAACAUCACGAUUGUGCUCAAGUCUCUGAAUGUUUCGCGCAAAGAAAUUCUCAAUGCGCUCGCCGAAGGCCAAGGCCUAAAUGCCGAUACUCUUGAAAAGCUCGACAGGAUCGCCCCCGCGAAAGAAGAGGAAGCCCAGAUCCUUGGAUUCGGCGGCGACACUACAAGACUCGCCGAUGCAGAAUCUUUCCUCUACCACCUCCUCAAAGCUGUCCCCUCCGCUUUCACUCGUUUCGGUGCCAUGCUGUUUAGGCUGAACUACGAAUCAGAGAUCCUACAGCUCAAAGAAUCUGUACAAACAAUUGAAUCGGGGUGCAAAGAGCUUCGAUCACGAGGACUCUUCAUGAAACUUUUGGAAGCGAUCCUUAAGGCCGGCAAUCACAUGAAUGCCGGCACUUCCCGAGGAAAUGCGCAAGCCUUCAACCUUACCUCUUUGCGAAAACUCUCUGAUGUCAAAAGCACUGACGGAAAGACUACCUUGCUUCACUUUGUCGUGGAAGAAGUGGUCCGAGCAGAGGGGAAACGCUGCGUCACCAACCGGAACCGUAGCUUGAGCCGCACCAGCAGCCAGAGCAGUAGCACGAGCGCAAAUUCUGAGAAUCGGUUGUCGAGAGAGGAAAGAGAGAAGGAGUAUAUGAUGUUAGGAUUGCCUGUCGUAGGAGGUCUCAGCACUGAGUUCUCUAACGCGAAGAAAGCCGCAGCACUUGACUAUGAAAUCUUCGCUGCCUCAUGCACAGCUCUCACGUCCCGUAUGGAGGAAAUCUGGCAAAUCGUGUCUCAAGCCACCGGGGAUGUAGGAGGGUUCGUGAGAGUAAUGCAAGGAUUUCUCGAAGCCGCCCAAGAUGAAUUGAGUGCCUUGAGGAAAGAUCAGGCAGCUGUGACGGAGAUGGUGAAGAGGACAACUGAGUACUACCAAGCAGGGGCCUCAAAGGACAAAGGAGCAAACCCACUUCAGCUGUUUGUUAUUGUGAAGGAUUUCCUGAACAUGGUUGAUCAGGCGUGUGUCGAAAUUGCUCGAGACAAGCAGAGGAGGAGAACGGCAGCAGUGAGCACGGGGUCAUCGCCGCCAACAUCUCCAGCAACAAGACCCCCUGUGAGGUUCCCAAAGUUGCCACCACAUUUCCUGUCGGAUAAGUCCAGAAGCGCGUCUAGCGGAUCUGAUACAGAUUUCUGAUUCGGCUCAUAUUUGAAAGGGAUCAAGCUAGUGUGUUUAGGCAUAGUAGAAACUGUACUAUACGAGGACGCAUCAAGCGUUCUUUCAUUCCCAUCACAUUCUUUCCCAAUUAUUGGUAAAUAUGAUCCUGCAUAUCAGUUUUUUUCAUCACUUGCUGUUGCAAUGUUGUCUCUCUCGUUGCUCGAGUCCGGAUACAAUUGUCGAGCUUGAUCAUUAUUCUUUAGUCCAAGAUGAUUGAAGGAAAAGAUUGUCUUUUGUGCACGUUCCACGAGUGAUAACUACUACUGUGUUUUGGUAGAGAAGAACCUUCAAUUCCUGAGAUCUGUCCAGGCUUCACAGAUUCUGAAAUGUGACAGACCCAGAAACUAUUUCAG